UUUGUAUUCCUCAUGCACACGCACAGACAGCAGCAGCAGCGCUUCAGUGUGAGGCAGAGCACAGUGGGGAAACCUCCAUCUACUCUCACUGUCGGCUUGUUUUUAUCACCACUGAGGAAACGACUCGCUCUCUGACCUUACUGUCUCGGAUUUAUGCUGUGUGGGGAAGAAAUCUGAUCAGGCUAUUCGUAAACUCUUCAUAGUGAGAAGAUAAACGGAGGCCAGCAGUCUGCAGUACAACAUAUCAUCAGAAAACAGGAGGAGAACCCAACGCCCUUCCCAGACCGACCAUGCAUACCUGCCUGGGUUGAUGUGCAAUGGAGAUCUAGGAUGCUUUCAUGGGUUUGCAUGGAUAAGUAUGCACCAUUGACAUGCUGAGGUGCCUCUCCUGUGUGUGGUGUGGCCGGUGUUUUAUGGAUCGCUUUAUGGGAUCGUAACCUGGUGUUUUUUCCUUCAAACCUCAAAGUCAUAUCAGUUUGGAAGCUAAAUAACCAAUGAAUCGGAAGCCUGGAUGCCUCAACAUUGAAGAGGCAAGAUAGGCGACGUUGCUAUGUGAUUUAUUGGUUGUUAUAUAUUUAUCAUAAGAUGGGGAACGGUUUCUCUAACAUCGCAGCAUUCCAAUCCCUGCACAUUGUGAUGCUAGGCUUGGAUUCGGCCGGUAAAACCACAGUACUGUAUCGGUUAAAGUUCAACGAAUUCGUCAACACUGUUCCCACCAUCGGCUUCAACACUGAGAAGAUCAAACUCAGCAAUGGCACCGCCAAAGGGAUCAGCUGUCACUUCUGGGACGUCGGCGGACAGGAGAAGUUAAGACCCCUAUGGAAAUCCUACAGCCGUUGCACGGAUGGUAUUAUUUACGUGGUGGACUCUGUAGAUGUCGACCGGCUUGAGGAAGCCAAGACGGAACUGCAUAAAGUCACUAAAUUCGCAGAGAAUCAAGGAACUCCUCUGCUGGUGAUCGCCAAUAAGCAGGACCUCCCCAAAUCCCUGACAGUAACCGAAAUCGAGAAGCACCUGGCUCUCCAUGAACUCAGUCCUUCCACCACGUACCACGUCCAACCGGCCUGCGCCAUCAUUGGCGAGGGUCUCCAUGAAGGAAUGGACAAACUAUACGAGAUGAUCGUCAAACGAAGGAAAUCUCUCAAGCAGAAGAAGAAACGAUAGACAACUGCAGACUUGUAGAGACAUUUAAAGGGAUAGUUCACACAAAAAAUGACAAUUCUGCCUUAUGUUCCAAACCUAUGUUCAUUUUGAACCCCACUGAAUUUUAUUGUGCAACAUGGACAUUUUUCUAAAUAUCUCCUUUUUUGUGUUUUGCAGAAGUAAGACAUACAGAUUUAGAAUGACAAGAGGGUAUAUGAUAAUACGAAUUGUCAUUUUUGUGUGAACUAAAUGUUGCCAUGAACAAUAUGACGGGUUUUGCCUUGGUGUGAAAGAUUCGGUAGCACUUUAUAGUGACUUUCAUUAAUAAUAUAUAGUGCAACAGAUAUUUUGUUAAUGUACAUUGAUACUGUCUGAAAUGUUCAUGUUUGCAUAAAUAUCCAUAUUUUAAUCUACAUGAACUCUUGAUCUGAUAACUGAGUUAUAUUGAAAUAUUUAUUACAGUAAGUAGUAAAAUAAAUUUAAAAAAGACAUUAAAAUAGUUACAGCUUAUUUGAGCAAUAUAGCAUCUUUGCCUCAACCAAUGGCAUGAGUUUGGGGCAGGACAAUCUGUUUGUCCGAAUAAAGGCAGAUAUGUUUGGAAAACCUGUUUGAAAACAAUCAAUUUUGCAAUUCAGUUUUGGUGCUGUUGUACAGAAAUUGCACACUUUAAGCAUGUUUCUUACUGACUUAUUAGUGAAAGUUAUUAUAAAGUGUUACAGAAAAAAAAAAAAAAAAAAAAACAGAAGUGGUAAAUAAUAUGCUUGCGUAUAGAACCAAAAACUACUUAAAUAGCGAGAAAAUAUGUAACUAGCCAAUCAUUUAAAGUGCAUAAAAAUAAGAGAGAGAGAGAGAAAAAAAUGGGCCGGACCCAUGUUGCUGCUUGAUAUUAACUCCAUAAAUAUUGCUAAUAAACGGUAGCCUGUGCUUUGAAAAAACCCUAUAUGAAGAGUACUUUUGUUACAAAAUUAUUCCUUAAAUAAACUGAAUGCCCACAUGCACCUAUACGUAAAUUCAAAUGAUUAUUUUGUACAUUUUAUUAUGCUCUUCUUGCAUAGCAGCACAUUGAACCAUAUAGUUCCUCAGAUGCAGUUUUUCUUUUUUCCCCCAUCUGUCUUUCUUUUUCAAAUUUGGCUGAAGUGCCCUACACAGACAAGAUACUUUUGUUUUGCUGAAAUGCUACUUUGUACUACAAUCAGAGGUUGUUGUAUUAUGAAACCAUGUAGUGAAAUGAAGACUGUUUAUGCACAUGAUGCCAAAAAUAAAUUAUACUGAAAUAUA